UAAGAACCCUAAAUAGAAACUCCUUUUAAACAUACUGUGGCCCUUUUGAUUCUUCUAGAAACUAUGCUUCUAGCAUCUCCGAUCUCCGCCAGAUCCGCGACUAGCGAUCUAAUCCAUGCCAAGCGAUCCUUCCAGCACCAGUGGCGGCCGCGGCAGAGCGCAUCGAUCCAGAACGGAUCGCGUCGGAUUUCCCGGAUUGCUGCUGCUGCUUCCCAUUCGAUCGUGGUAGCGAGCGAUCCACACUUGGAUGCGUGGAAGACGUGGUCAGUGCUGCUGGCAUCGGGCGCAUUUGGCCUCUGGUCCGAGAGAAACACCAAAUGGGGGAGCGCACUGAGCGGCGCGCUGGUAAGCACUCUCUUCGCGCUCUUUUCCAGCAAUCUGGGGAUCCUUGCCACGGAAUCGUCAGUCUAUGGCACUGUCAAUGCCUUCUUGCUGCCUCUCGCGAUUCCACUGCUGCUCUUCUCGGCGGACAUGAAGCGUGUUCUCACUUCCACUGGUCGCCUCCUCCUCGUCUUCCUCCUUGGCUCAGUGGCAACGAUCAUAGGAACUUUGGUGGCCAUGAAGCUCGUUCCAUUGACAGGCCUGGGCACCGAUGGAUGGAAGAUUGCUGCGGCGCUCAUGAGCAGGCACAUUGGUGGAGCCGUGAACUACGUUGCUGUCUCGGAGGCACUCGGAGCAUCGCCGUCGGUGGUAGCAUCCGGUCUCGCGGCUGACAACUUGAUCUGUGCCGUGUACUUCACGACGCUCUUCGCACUGGCAUCUUCCAUUCCAGCCGAAGAAAAAACAGGUCUCGAGAAUAGUUCAUCGUUGUGUUCUCUAACUUUCUUCUUGAUCCUUGCAGAGAGUUCUUCCGCAGCUACUUCUCCCGAAAGCAAGAACGAGAAAGCCGAGAUCAAAGUGCUCGAGGCAUCCUUUGCGCUGGCUAUAUCGGCCGGAGUGUGCUCGGCGGGAGUGUGGUGCUCCAACAUUAUCGGAUAUCGCAGUGGAAGCAUGGCGGUGAUCACAGCCCUGGCCGUGAUCCUGGCAACGAUGUUUCCAUCACGUCUCGGCCCGCUGGUAUCGACUGGCCAAGGCCUCGCUCUCCUCCUCAUGCAGGUUUUCUUCGCGACAGUGGGUGCCAGUGGGAGCAUUCGCUCCGUGCUCGCCACCGCUCCAUCGCUCUUCCUCUUCUGCGUCGUCCAGAUUGGAGUCCAUUUGCUCAUCGUCCUGGGAGUCGGGAAGCUCCUGGGAGUGGAGAAGCGUUUGCUCCUGCUCGCUUCCAACGCCAACGUCGGCGGCCCCACGACCGCCGCUGGAAUGGCCACCGCCAAAGGCUGGACGAGCUUGAUCGUCCCGGGAAUCCUCGCCGGCAUCUUUGGCAUCUCCAUCGCUACCUUCCUCUCCAUCGCGCUGGGCAUCACCCUCCUCCAAAAGCUCUAAAGCUCACUAAGUCGCAGGUCAAACAUGGUCAGACAUGGUCAAGCCCGGAAUAUUCUCCCAGGCUUGGAAUAUUCGCCCUUCUUCCUCA